UGGCAUAUGAAGCCGCGCUUCAACAUCCCGGAAAAUAACUUUGACCAUGAGUUCCAGACUGAAAACAUCCAUCUCUCAACUGCCCUUGUGACCUAUUCAUUGUUGAUACACCUACUAGUCUCACAAACAAUCAAAUAUCACAAUGUCACCAGCGAACAAAGUAGAUGUCGUCCUUCUUUCCGACCGAGACAUACCCACAUGCUUUGAGGUCCUCUCAGAGUCCUUCGGUCAUGACGCACCAUUUGUCGAUAAUUAUUUCCCGAAUCAUGAUACACCAUCAGGUAGAGCAAAAGGUUCCGAGCGCUUGCUUCUCUGGAAGCAGAACUCCAGCAACUCCAUAUUCCUGAAGGCGGUCACUCGCACCGGCCCGGGCGACCAGGAAUGCAUCAUCGGCCUUGCCACCUGGACACUCAUGAGAGAACCGCCACCAGCUGAGCUUGACAUGGCGGAGAACGUCGAAGAUGUUUGGCCAGAUAAGGAUGACCGCGAGUUCAUGACUCGACUUUGGAGAUCCUACGUGGUCCCACGCACUCAGGCUAUCAAAGAUUCCAAUGGAAAGGGUGUCUACGGUAAAGUCGAAGUCCACAAAUCGCGCACCACCAGAUAUGGGCUUCUGAUGUCUUGGGUAGUACUGGAAUUGCUAGCAGUCCAUCCAAAUUACCAACGUCUAGGUGCGGGUGCAGCUCUCGUCAAAUGGGGAAUUGAGUCCGCAGACGAGCAAGGAUUAAAGGCAUUCGUUGAGGGGACACCAAUUGGUCGACGGCUUUAUGAGAAAUGUGGCAUGCGUGCAGAGAUUGAAGAGAUCAAGUUCGAUGUCGGGGAAGAAUUUGCUGAAAGACGCAAGCCAAAGCUUGUGUUUCUGUCAAGAGAGCCCAAUUAAUCCACAUACCAUGCAGUCUCAACGAGCGGUUGUUUGAGGCUCUUGUAGCUUAAAGAAAGUCUAGCCUGGAUCCAAACGGAUGAGGCUAGUUUGGUACAUCUUAUUAAG